AUGGCAAAUAUAAUUAGACCACUUGGAAUUUUCGAACGUUUCUUUGCAGUAAUACAAAAUCUUCGCUUUUACCAUAAUGUAGCAUUCACCAUUCGAUAUCAAUGGGAUGAAUUAAGAAACCAUGAAAAAAAUGAUUCUC